AGGAAGGGAAUAAAUACAAGAUGGCUGCUCAUAUAAAACCAGGCGUCGGGCUUCUCCCUGGUGAUGGGAGAAUAGAGGCUUUAAUCCGCGCGGGUGGAGUUUCUGGUCGCUACUGCUCGUACAGGCGCCCGAAGGGAGGAGGGGGGCUCGAGCCGCCGCGGGCCGAAGCCUCGCCUAGUCGCCAUCCCGCCCUCGGGCCGCGCCGCGCUUCCCGGAGGCCCAAGCCGGGGCCCUGUCCCCGCUCCUUCCUGCCAGCAGCUCGGUGGCUCCCUGCCUGCUCAGCCGGGCCUUAGCUCCGUCUCUCGUUCGCCAUGGCCGUCUCCAGGCUUGAUCGUCUCUUUAUCUUACUGGACACUGGCACAACACCAGUAACAAGGAAAGCAGCUGCACAACAACUUGGGGAGGUUGUGAAACUUCAUCCACAUGAACUACAUAAUCUCUUAGCUAAAGUAUUGAUACACUUAAGGAGUACGAACUGGGAUACCCGCAUUGCAGCUGGACAAGCUGUGGAAGCAAUAGUGAAAAAUGUAACAGAAUGGAACCCAACUCCACGACCAAAGCAAGAACAUGGCUGCGAAAGUCCAGUGGAAGAAUCCUCUGCCUCUGAUCGGUUGCGUUUUGACCGAUUUGAUAUCUGCCGACUUCUAAAGCAUGGUGCUUCUCUUCUUGGGUCUGCUGGUGCAGAAUUCGAGGUUCAAGAUGACACAUCUGGUGAAGUUGAUCCCAAAGAGAGAAUAGCACGACAGAGGAAGCUGCUUCAGAAGAAGCUUGGCCUUGAUAUGGGGGCUGCCAUUGGAAUGAACACAGAAGACCUGUUCAAUGAUGAGGAUUUGGACUACACUCCUACUUCAUCAUUUUUUGUUCACAAACAACCUACUCUUCAAGCUGCUGAGUUGAUUGAUUCAGAAUUUCGAGCUGGUAUGAGUAGCAGGCAGAAAAACAAGGCUAAAAGAAUGGCCAAGUUGUUUGCAAAGCAGAAGUCAAGAGAUGCAGUAGAAACCAAUGAGAAGAGCAAUGAUAGCACUGAUGGUGAGCCUGAUGAAAAGAGAAGAAAAAUUGCAAAUGUUAUCAUCAGUCAACCUGCAACUGACUCCAAACUUUUGGUAGAGAAUAUGCCAGAAGAGACCAACGAAUGGCCUCUGGAGAGUUUUUGUGAAGAAGUGUGCAAUGAUCUCUUUAAUCCAUCAUGGGAGAUCCGGCAUGGUGCAGGUGUUGGACUAAGAGAGGUACUUAAAGCUCAUGGAAAAAGCGGGGGUAAAAUAGGAGACAGCACUAUAGAAGAGAUGACUCAACAACACCAAGACUGGCUGGAAGACUUGGCUAUCAGGCUUCUUUGUGUGUUUGCAUUAGACAGAUUUGGUGAUUUUGUUUCCGAUGAAGUUGUGGCACCAGUACGAGAGACUUGUGCUCAGACUUUGGGCGUAGUGCUGAAGUACAUGAACGAGAGUGGAGUUCAUAAAACUGUGACUAUCUUGCUAAAAUUACUGGCACAGGAGCAGUGGGAAGUGAGGCAUGGUGGCCUGCUGGGGAUAAAGUAUGCUUUGGCAGUGCGCCAGGACUUAAUUGAUACUUUAUUGCCUAAAGUCUUGCCUGCAAUAACUGAAGGUCUGCAAGACUUGGAUGAUGACGUUAGAGCUGUAGCUGCAGCAUCUUUAGUACCAGUUGUGGAAAGCCUUGUGCAUCUUCAGCCACAGAAUGUUCCCUUUAUUCUUAAUGUACUUUGGGAUGCACUCCUGGAACUGGACGAUUUAACAGCUUCCACAAACAGCAUUAUGACCCUUCUUUCAUCUCUUUUGACGUAUUCUCAGGUCCGAAAAUGCAGUAUUCAGCAAUCACUCACAGUUCUGGUACCACGUGUGUGGCCAUUCCUACAUCAUACAAUAUCAUCUGUUCGAAAAGCAGCAUUAGAAACUUUGUUUACCCUAUUAUCUACAGAGGAUCAGAGUUCUGCAGCCUGGCUCACUCCCAUUUUGCAAGACAUGCUAAGACAUAUAUUUCAGUUCUGUAUUUUAGAAAGCAAUCAAGAAAUUCUGGAACUAAUACAUAAGGUGUGGCUUGAAUUACUAAGCAAGGCUUCCGUACAAUAUGUAGUAGCAGCUGCGUGCCCAUGGAUGGGAGCCUGGCUCUGCUUAAUGAUGCAGCCGUCACAUUUGCCUAUUGAUUUAAAUAUGUUGCUAGAAGUGAAAGCCAGAUCAAAGGAAAAGACGGGUGGCAAGGUGCGGCAAGGUCAAGCCCCAACUAAAGAAGCAGUACAGGAAUAUAUUGCUGGAGCAGAAAGUGUCGCCGAAGAUCUAGCAACCAGGGAUUAUGUUGUUAUGAGAGCCCGGAUGAUGGCAGCAAAAUUGCUUGGAGCACUUUGCUGCUGUAUUUGUGAUCAAGGUGUGAAUACUGUUUCCCAAGAAAUAAAGCCAGCUGAAUCACUAGCCCAGCUAUUGCUUUUCCACUUGAACUCCAAGUCUGCUUUGCAGAGGUUUACUGUUGCAUUAGUAAUCUGUGAGUGGGCUUCCUUGCAGAAGGAAAACAAAGAAGUGACAACUGCUGUCCAGUCACGCUUGCUUGGGAUCCUUUCUGAGCAUCUGUAUUAUGAUGAAAUUGCUAUUCCCUUCACCCGAAUGCAAAAUGAAUGUAAACAACUCAUCUCCGCAUUCACUGAUGCAAACAUUGACAUGGGCAGCAGAGUAAACUGCAGUGUGUUUACAAUAGAUCAAGCGAAUGAAUUGAUCACUACUGUCUUCAAUGAAGCUACAUCCUCUCUUGAUCUAAAUCCUAAAGUUCUUCAGCAGCUAGAAAGCAAACGACAACAACUCCAAAUGACUGUUUCAGAAACAAACCAGGAAUGGCAAACAUUGCAGAUGAGAGUCCAUACUUUUGCCGCCUGUGCUGUUGUGAAUCUUGAACAACUUCCAGAAAAACUAAACCCUGUCAUAAAACCACUGAUGGAGGCUGUGAAGAAAGAAGAGAACACACUAGUACAAAAUCACGCCGCUUUGUGCUUAGCAAAGUUACUUCAGCAGUGUACAACAAGAUCUCCAUGUCCCAACUCAAAGAUCAUAAAAAAUCUUUGCAGUUCUCUCUGUGUAGACUCUCAUCUUACUCCUUUAGCAUCAUGCCCUGCACAACCUCAGAGCAGCCAUGAAAAUUCAAAAGGAUCUAAUUCUGAAAGAGAUGGGAUGCAUCAUACAGUCACCAAGCACAGAGGUAUAAUCACACUGUACAGGCAUCAGAAAGCUGCAUUUGCCAUCACAAGCAGGCGAGGUCCUACACCAAAGGCCCCCAAAGCCCAAGUUGGAGAUCUACCUACAAGCAGUAGUGGAAAUGUAACCACAGAGCUUGAUGAAGCUCAGAAGCCUUACGUUGUACAGAGAAGAGGAGCAGAAUUUGCUUUAUCCACUAUUGCUAAACACUUUGGAUGUGAAAUGGCCAUGGGUUUGCCACAUCUCUGGGAUGCUAUGGUUGGUUCUUUAAGGAACAGUAUUGACAUAGACAACUUUGACAGAAAACUGCUGUUGGAAAAAGGAGAUGGUCCAGCCCAGGAAUUAGUGAACUCUCUACAGGUUUUUGAAACAACGGCAGCUUCUAUGGAUGCUCAGCUUCACCCUUUGUUGAUACAGCACUUGCCUUACCUUUGUAUGUGCCUUCAACACCCCACCACUGCAGUGAGGCACAUGGCUGCUCGCUGUGUAGGUGUAAUGAGCAAAGUGGCCACCCUGGAAACCAUGCACAUUUUCUUGGAAAAGAUUCUUCCUUGGCUGGGAGCAAUUGAUGACAGUACCAAGCAAGAGGGUGCAAUUGAAGCUCUUGCCUGUGUAAUGGAACAACUAGAUGUUGGAAUUGUUCCCUAUAUAGUUCUCCUUGUGGUUCCAGUUCUGGGCAGAAUGAGCGAUCAAACAGACAGUGUACGUUUCAUGGCCACCCAGUGCUUUGCUACUCUGAUUAGAUUAAUGCCUCUUGAGGCUGGCAUUCCAGACCCACCAAAUAUGUCUGAGGACUUAAUCAAAAUUAAAGCCAAAGAGCGCCAUUUUCUGGAACAAUUAUUGGAUGGGAAAAAACUUGAAAACUAUAAAAUUCCAGUACCAAUUAAAGCAGAACUAAGAAAAUAUCAGCAGGAAGGUGUGAAUUGGUUGGCUUUUCUCAACAAAUACAAGCUUCAUGGCAUCCUCUGUGAUGAUAUGGGCUUGGGCAAAACCUUGCAGUCCAUCUGUAUUCUUGCAGGAGAUCACUGUCUCAGGGCCCAAGAAUAUGCAAGAACUAAGAUGGCCGAUAGUGUUCCACUCCCAUCCUUAGUGGUGUGCCCUCCCACACUCACAGGCCAUUGGGUGGAUGAAGUGGGCAAAUUUUGUUCCAAAGAGUAUCUAAAUCCUUUGCACUAUACUGGCCCUCCCACAGAAAGGGCAAGGUUGCAGCACCAUGUGAAAAGAUACAAUCUAAUUGUAGCUUCCUAUGAUGUUGUGAGGAAUGACAUUGAUUUUUUCAGAAAUAUUAAAUUUAACUACUGUAUUCUUGAUGAAGGCCAUGUCAUCAAAAACGGAAAAACAAAACUGUCCAAAGCAAUAAAACAGUUGACUGCCAAUUAUAGGAUAAUCCUCUCUGGGACACCAAUUCAGAACAAUGUCUUAGAAUUGUGGUCACUGUUUGACUUCCUUAUGCCGGGAUUUUUGGGUACUGAGCGCCAGUUUGCAGCUCGCUAUAGCAAGCCCAUCUUAGCAAGUAGAGAUGCUCGGAGUUCUGGUCGAGAACAGGAGGCCGGUGUUCUUGCAAUGGAAGCAUUGCACAGGCAAGUACUGCCAUUUUUGUUGAGAAGGAUGAAAGAAGAUGUGCUACAGGAUCUUCCACCCAAAAUUAUUCAAGACUAUUACUGCAUCCUCAGUCCUCUACAGGUUCAGCUUUAUGAAGAUUUUGCCAAGUCUCGUGCCAAAUGUGAUGUGGAAGAAACUGUUUCAGCAGUGUCACUGGUUGAGGAAACUGAGAAACCAAAACUUAAAGCCACGGGACAUGUGUUUCAGGCAUUGCAGUAUUUAAGGAAACUCUGCAACCAUCCAGCAUUAGUUUUAACUGCUCAUCAUCCAGAGCACAAGAGGAUUACAGAAAAACUUUCCAUUGAGAAUUCUUCCCUUCGAGACAUCCAGCAUGCACCUAAACUCUCUGCUUUAAAACAGCUGCUACUAGAUUGUGGCUUGGGAAACGGAGGCUCCUCAGAAAGUGGCACAGAAGCCAUAGUUGCACAACACAGGAUCCUUAUAUUCUGUCAACUCAAGAGUAUGCUGGAUAUCGUUGAACACGACCUUCUCAAGCCCCACUUGCCCGCUGUUACUUACCUGCGACUGGAUGGCAGCAUACCUGCUGGUCAGAGGCAUUCCAUUGUGUCAAGGUUUAAUAAUGAUCCCUCCAUAGAUGUCCUCUUACUCACUACUCACGUUGGUGGACUGGGCCUUAAUUUAACUGGAGCUGACACAGUGGUAUUUGUUGAACAUGACUGGAAUCCAAUGAAAGACCUCCAAGCAAUGGACCGAGCACAUCGUAUUGGACAGAAACGAGUUGUUAAUGUUUAUCGCCUGAUUACAAGGGGAACCUUGGAAGAAAAAAUAAUGGGUCUGCAGAAGUUCAAAAUGAAUAUUGCAAAUACAGUGAUUAGUCAAGAGAAUACUAGUCUACAAAGCAUGGGGACAGAUCAGCUGCUUGACCUCUUCACACUCGACAAGGAUGGAAAAAAUGAAAAAUCAGAUGCUGCCUCUUCUGCUUCUGGAAAAACAACUAUGAAGUCCGUUCUUGAGAAUCUUGGAGACCUGUGGGAUCAAGAACAGUAUGACUCCGAAUAUAGUCUUGAAAAAUUUAUGCAUUCACUCAAAUGACCAUUAUAAUACAGUGGCUGCUAGUUGACAUUUUCAGCUGAUAUUCAGCAAUUCUUAAAGCAUUUAUAGUGGACUUCAAGCAUAACAUGUAAAUAUACUUGUGGAAAAAUUAUGAGAAAGGGCUGGCAUUUUGAAUAGAGCCACCUUUGUCACUUUGGGAUAGUUAAAGUCUUAAAUACUUGCAUUAUACAAAACCUCUAAAUGUACACUUACUAUAAGGUAGUUCUGAAUUUCCAGAAUAGCUACAGAUUCUUAUUUGAUAGAAAAAUAAAACAGGUCUUAACAGGUUUUGCACAUGUUGAUAAGUGUUACUUCUCUUUUUGAAAUAUGCCUGUUGCUCCCUCUUCCCUCAAGCUGCAGUAAUUUGUACAGAGUGUUUCAGUAUUUAACUAGUUUGUUCUUAUAAACCUCACUUUAGCUAACUUUCAUAGCAUACUUUAAGAAUCUUUAGUCUAACAAGUUAGAAUGAGGUUUAGAUCUCUUCAGGAUACAUUGAUAGAAUAAUGGCGAAGCCUAUCACUCUGGAAGAAUAUUAGGGAAUUAAAUGAAACUUCCAAGUAUUAAAGUAGUUCCCAACUUUAUAUUUAAGUAUGUGGUGCUCUUCAGUCUUCUGACGUUUUGAGAGCAGUUGACUUUUUCAUAGGAAUUACAGGUAAUGGCUUAUUUUAGGCCAUUUCCGCAUCCUGUUUAGAGGGUGCCAUUUUUAAAGUUUGUUUGUGUACAUAUCUAUAUGUAUAUAUGUGUGGCUAGAACAUAGCCCAGUUAAGAAAGCAAUUGUAUGAAGUAGACAUCAAUCCUAUUUUUUUUUAACCAAAAGAGCAAAUAUAUAAACAGAGUUUUUCUAGCAGUAGAUCUUAUAAAAUUGAGGUUCCAUGCUGGAAAGACUCUCUAAUGCAUGAACCUCUUAAGUGAAAGAGAGAAUUAGCUUUGAGAUCCAGAGAGGUAGUCUAUUUAGAAAUGCCUUCAUGGCAUCAGAGGGAAAGAAGUAUUUACAAGCUGAAAUCAUGUAACAAAUUUUAGGAAGCUUUAAUAACAGAGUAAGAAUAACAAUAGUUGUACAUUUUUUUUAAAAAAGUGUCUUCUAAAAGGGAGUCAGUAGUGACAUAUGUCUGUGCAUAGAUGUGCAUGUCUGUACCAAACGUGGACACGGUUUUCUAAAUAUAUUAAAGGCAAAGCUACAUAAGCCUGUCAGAAUGCAUACAUGAAAUAUAUGUUUAGUUGUCAUAUCUAGGGUUGGCACUUGCUGUGCAAUUCAGCAUCAGAGCUUGAAUAGCCAUGAGAUUUCAGCAACAUAGAUGGUUUUAAAUGUUGACUUACAGAGCAAGGUCAUUUUGCAGCACUUGCAUAUGAAUGGACGUGUGUCAGAUUUCAGUAGAUAUAUGAACUGCCAUACUGUAACAUUAAACUAGCAUUCCGUAAAAAAAAAAAAAAUUAAAAAGCCAAACUGGCAUUAAUCAUCCCGUUAUAUAUCUCAUGUAGUUCUUUCUGUAUAUU